AUGGCGUUUACUGGGACAACAGACAAAUGCAAGGCGUGUGACAAGACUGUAUACGUUAUGGAUUUGAUGACACUUGAAGGAAUGCCUUACCACAAGUCAUGCUUCAGGUGCAGCCAUUGCAAUGGAACUCUUGUGAUCAGCAACUACUCAUCCAUGGAUGGAGUUCUGUAUUGCAAGACACAUUUUGAACAGCUCUUCAAAGAAUCUGGAAACUUUAGCAAGAAUUUUCAGACAGCAGGAAAGACCGAGAAAUCGAAUGACGUGACGAGGGCUCCAAGCAAGCUAUCUUCCUUCUUUAGUGGAACACAAGACAAAUGUGCAUCUUGUAAGAAAACUGUUUAUCCUCUAGAGAAGAUGACAAUGGAAGGAGAAUCUUAUCACAAGACUUGCUUUAGAUGUGCACACGGUGGUUGUCCAUUAACCCACUCUUCAUAUGCUGCUCUCAAUGGUAUCCUUUACUGUAAGGUCCAUUUCAGUCAGCUUUUCCUGGAGAAAGGUAAUUACAAUCAUGUCCUCCAAGCCGCUGCUAACAACAGACGCAUAGCUGAGGAAGACAAAACCAAACCUAAGGAAGAUGAAGCCAACCCUACAGAAGAAGAAACUUCUGAUGCAGUCCCUGAAGAACAUGAGUCCUAA